AUGAUCUGGGCUGUAUUACUUUUGGGUUUGGUUAAACACAUUCUAUUAGCUGAAGCUGCGACAUGCAAUGCUACUCAGGCUUGUCCGGAAGAAUUGCCUUGCUGUUCGCAAUUCGGUGAAUGUGGUACUGGUAGUUACUGUCUGGGUGGUUGUAACCCAAUGUUCUCAUACAAGGCUGAGGCUUGUAUGCCAAUGCCUGUAUGUAAGGAUAUGAAUACUGUUUUUGACGAUUAUUCUUCGAAAGUGGUAAGUCAUGAUGAAUAUUUGGGGAAUGCUUCUGAAGCCGACUGGAUUUACUCUGGUUACCUGUACGAUUACGAAGAUGAAGAAAGCAUGUUGAUUGCUAUGCCAAAAUAUUCCGCUGGUACAGUUCUUUCUUCGACGACUUACCUAUGGUACGGUAAAGUGAGUGCCAGAGUUAAGUCAUCUCACAGAGGUGGUGUUGUUUCUGCUUUUAUUUUGUUCUCCAACGUUCAGGAUGAAAUCGAUUACGAAUUUGUUGGUGCCGAUCUAGAGACUGUUCAAACUAACUUGUAUUUCGAGGGUGUUUUGAACUACAAUCAAAGUAGAAACAUUAGUACAACAGAUACUUUUGAAAACUACCAUGAUUACGAAGUCGAUUGGCAAGAGGAUCAAAUCACUUGGUCGGUUGACGGUGUUGUUGGUAGAACUUUGUUCAGAAAUGAGACUUACAAUGAGACCUCGCAACGUUACGAAUUCCCUCAAACUCCUUCAAGAGUUCAAUUGUCCAUUUGGCCAGCUGGUAACUCCACUAAUGCUCCUGGUACUAUCGCUUGGGCCGGUGGUUUGAUCGAUUGGGAUGCUGAUGACUUGAAAGAUCCUGGUUAUUACUAUGCUGCUGUGAAGGAAGUCAACGUGACAUGUUAUGAUCCUCCAAGCUAUGUCAAGAAGAACGGUACCAAAUCCUACGUUUUCGCCAAUGAGGACAGUUAUAUGAGCGAGGACAUUGCCAUUACUGACGACGAAUCGAUUUUGUACUCCAACAAAGGCUCUGGUCUAGACCCAGACAAUGGUAAGUCUUCUUCCUCAUCCUCUUCCUCGUCUUCAUCAACGUCAAGUUCAUCUUCCUCUUCCUCUUCAUCUUCAGCCUCAUCUUCAUCUUCAGCCUCAUCUUCAUCUUCAGCCUCCUCUUCUUCCUCUUCCUCUUCAAAGAGCAGCUCCAAGGACACUACUGCUACUACCACUGCUCAAUCCACUGCUCAAUCCACUGCUCAAACCGCUGCUCAAACUACUUCUUCAAGUACCCAAACAAUCUCGCCAGAACAAAGCACCGGAUUCGUUCAAAACAUGAACUCCAGCAGUAAGAGCGGCAGCACUUCUCAAACUCAAACCCAAUCUGCAUCCUCCGCAACCAAUGGCGCUAACUCCCUACCCAUUGGUAUGCCAUUAGCCGGUCUAUUACUAGGCUACCUAUUGUAA